GCCAUGGUGAGAGUGUAAACAACAUGGCAUCCGUCUCACGUCAAAAUGUGGCUUCUGGAGGGAUUUAUGAUCUUCCUAGAGUGUCUUACAGUGAAUCAACAAGGCUGUUGUUGAAAGAGCUGUUGCAGGAGGCGGCGGUCAACUUGCAACACCAGAGACGCAUAGAGCGGUGGGUGAGUGGAGGCCGGUCCCUUCCCCAUCAUGAGGCUUUGGCUGGCCCCUCACAACCUACCCAAGGUCAGCGUCGACCCUCCUCUUCUUCCUCCAGCAGCUCCUUCAGGCAGACUCCAAGGCCAUGUAUCCAGACCAAGCGCUCCCAUGAGGCUAUAAAGAAAAUGGGGCUCUAUGAGCCCAACACACAUUAUGUUCCUCCACCACCCAAAUAUGGCCCCGAGUCCAAGGAGAGGUGCCAGGAAUUGAUGGCAUUUGGCAAAGAGGGUGUUACUACCCAUCCAACUCCAGGGAGGAAGACCCAGGUUUAUUCCCUCCCUAGCGAGACUGAUCGCUUUACUGAACUGGUCAGCGAAAUGGAGGAACGUGUGCACUGGCUCGAGGCCAUGGAAGCCUUGGGAGAAGGAGGAAAGUUUCGGCAUCUCAUAGCUGCUCAACUGGCUCUCAAGCUCAGAGACUUGGAACUUAUUGACCAAGAGCGUGCAAGGGAUCUCAACAGGGCCAUGAAACUAAAAAUAGCUGCAGCUCCGAAACAAAAAUUAACAAACAACUAAAAUACCCCUCAUGCUUUAGAACUAAAAAUACACCAGGGCCAUUACCAGAGCAAUUACUGUAUUGUAUAUAUAUUUACUAUAGUACAGUAUAUCCAUUACUACAUUUUCAAACUUAGGAACUAUAAAUAUUUUGACAUUCAAAAUCUAGCCUCAAUUGUUUUUAUCUGAAAAGAAAAUAUAUUUUAACUUUAUAAUUUUCCAACUGUAAUGUAACUUCCAACUGUAAUGCAACUUCCUAAUGUAUCCUGAAAAGUCAAUACAAAUGUUUACCUUAAAAAAUUGCCAGUAAAAAUAAAUGCUUUCGAAUCUUCACUGAUGUACAAUAUAAAUUGUCCGAGUGGUUUGAUACCAAGCCAUAAGUGUUCUCAGCACAGUAUCAAAUUUGUUUUGUUAGCAUAUCAUGGAAUCCUAUAUAAUGUUUAGCCAGACAUUUCCCAUUAAUACCUCCUACACCAAGUUGUGCUCUUCAUGUUUCUCGUUUUAUCUAUUAAAAAAAUGCUAUUUA